GUCAUUCCUUCUCCACUCUCCCAAAAUAAGAAAUGAUUUCGGAGAGAAACCCUCGCUCUUGAUCUGCUUCGACCUUCGCGAUUGGAUGACCUCCUUAUCCGAUCCUGGUCCCGUACUCUACGCCUCCGUCUCAUGUGGAAACAACGUCCUCGCCGACCUCCUCCCCGCCGGCGAAGACUCAUGUGCAGGUAGCGGCGCUGGCGCAGGUGGCCUGUCUGCGCUGGCCGCCAUCUGCCUUGAUGCUGCCCCGCACUUCCACCUCCUUUACACUCAUACAGCCGGCAGUCGGAUCUACGCCUUCCUCAUGGCUGAACCUCUUCUCUUUUUCGCCAUCGCGGAAGAGUCCCUCGGCCGCUCUGCCGUUAUACUCUUCCUGCAUCGCCUCCACGAUGCCACUGUAUAUAUUGCCCGCCGGCGGAUCGGUGCAGGCGACCCCCUUGCCUACCGCUGUCUCCAGGAUGAGCUGCUCCCUGUGAUCCGCCGCCUUGUUGCAGGGUCGGUUUCUCCUUCCGAAGAGGAGAAACCGUCUCCCUCGUCGCCGCCUGCACUUUCGCCCCCUCCUCUUCCCUCCACGCCGCAAUCUUCUGAUAGCAUCCUCCUAACUGGCGAGCACAAGAGGAAGGUUAAGAAGGAGCGCAAGAAGAACCCGAGAAUCGAUGAAGGGGUUGGCGAUUCCCGGGGUGGGGACGAGCAUGAAAUCUCGGUAACGGAUAAUGAUGGUGAGGCUGAUCUUGGAUUGGGGUUAGGAGGUUGGAAAUCCAUGCAGAGGAUUUGGUGGCGGCAAGUUCGAAUGGUUUUGAUUAUUGAUCUGGUGGUAUGCAGCCUUUUGUUCGGUAUAUGGCUGUCCGUGUGUAAGGGAUUCCAAUGCAUUGGCGGAUGAGAGGUAACGAUGAAGUUCGGAGAACCAAACUUGAAUUGAUUCAAUUGUUGCAUAUUUGAUUUUAAGUUUACAAUAUUACGAAACGUGGGAGGUGACGGCGCAAGCCUAUUUGUUGAAAGUUGUCGCAAUGCAUCUUAAUUGAUCCUUAUUCAUUUUACCUCGAUUCUUUUAUUUCUCUAUGUUCUUAGUGAGGUUAUGUGCAGUAUAAGGAUCCUUGUAGAUUGGUUUUGGUUCUUUCAUUAACCAGUGAGUAGCUUCAUAAGCUAGAUUUUGUAUAUGAAUUUACUUGAUAAAAGCAUUUGAAAAAGAUUCGGUUUGUCAAGAGAAAAAUUUUGUUUA